CGUCACCUUACCUCGGCAUACGAUCACAUCGUGUCGCAAGCUAUCAAAGAUAUACCUCUCUUCGAAAUCUAAAGUUUGGCCCGCCCUCAUGGUCACUACACGAUCCGGCACCGAAGCCACACCGCCUACCGAAUCCGCACCUUCGACCCCAACCAAGCAGAGCCUCGUCAAGAAGUCCAGCCUCGCGAAAAUGAACCAACAGCAGGGACAGCAGGUCAUGAGCAGCAAGACGAACAAGUCGAAGGAGAGCGUGGAUGUGGAUGCUAAAUAUGCGGUGGAUCUUGCCACACUUACCACGGAUGAGAACGUCUUUCUGUUCGUUCCCAACCUGAUCGGCUAUUCCCGUGUCGUAUUCGCCGCCUUUGCGCUCUACUACAUGCCUUACCACCCCAAGGCCUGUACGCUAUUGUACGGAGUGUCCUGCUUGUUGGACGCCGUGGACGGGAUGGCGGCGAGGGCGUUGAACCAGACGAGCAAGUUUGGGGCCGUCCUUGAUAUGGUCACCGAUAGGUGCACGACAUCGUGUCUGCUCUGUUUCUUGGCUGCUGGGUACCCGCGAUACGCCUUGCUCUUCCAAGGUCUCAUCUCGCUCGACUUUGCCAGUCAUUACAUUCACAUGUAUUCGUCCUUGGCUACCGGCUCGACUAGUCAUAAGACGGUCAAGAGCGAUGUCAGCCGAAUCUUGUGGUACUACUACAACGACAACCGCACGCUCUUCUUCGUCUGCUUUGCCAACGAACUCUUCUACGUCUGCCUCUACCUAAACAAAUUCUACACCACCCCCUUGCUCCCUACCUCGUGGAUCGACUGGCUCAUCCACACCUUCUUGGGGACCACGGCAGCUCACCCUGAAAAGGCUUGGCGGCUGAUCCACGCGUUCCCCGGAUGGACCAACUUGAUCGUCUGGUUCUUGAGGCAGUUGACUUGGCCCCAGAUCUUGGCGGCCGUCACAGGCCCGAUCUGUUUCUUGAAGAACGUCAUCAACGUCGUCCAAUUCUGGAAGGCUAGCAAGAUUCUGGUCGGACUCGACUUGCACGAGCGCGCUGUUGCCCGUUCGAAGAGGGAGUAAGGCGACGAGAAGUGGUGAGGGAUGGUUUUGAGCGAAGGGGAACAGAGGUUUCAAGGUGAAGAAGAGGGAGAAUAAGUCGGGGAACGAUCUUUCGAGACUGGGAUGUGUAUAUAAUCUCUCGAGACCGCAUAAAACUAUACCGUCGACUUUUACACUCCGUCGUGGACGCCCUCGUUUCCACAAUUCUGGAGCAUCGAUCAUGAAAGAAGGUGUCACCAGCGGCAUAUGAUUUGAGACGAAUGAUGUAUAAAAUUUCGACACGCUCAUCAAUCGACUCCAUCCCG